CAAUGUGCAGAAGAAGAAGUACCGCUCGGCUGUCAGUCCACCAUGCUCACCCUGCUGCACCACUGUGGUCGGAACUUGGUGACAUUCAGGACUUUUCAGGCUGUGAACAGAAGUUACUACUCCACACAGAUGGGUAAACGCGUGGCCGUGGUUUUGGCGGGCUGUGGGGUUUAUGACGGCAGCGAAAUCCACGAGGCCUCCGCGGUUUUGGUUCACCUUAGCAGAGGAGGUGCAAGUGUGAACAUGUUUGCCCCAAACAUUGACCAAAUGCAUGUGGUGAAUCACCUCAAAGGAGAACCAUCUGAGGAGAAGAGAAACGUUUUGGUGGAGAGCGCCCGGUUAGCCCGUGGGAACAUCCAGGACCUGUCUAAACUCAGUGUCAAAGACCAUGAUGCGAUUAUAUUCCCAGGUGGCUUUGGGGCAGCGAAGAACCUGUGUACAUGGGCAGUGCAGGGGAAGGACUGCUCUGUAAAUGAUGAGGUGAAGGCUGCACUGCAAGCGUUUCACGGUGAAGGCAAACCCAUCGGCCUCUGUUGCAUCUCACCAGUCCUCGCUGCCAAGGUGUUUCCUGGAUGUGAAAUCACCCUCGGCCUUGAAAAGGAUGAGAAGUAUCCAUACACUACUGACAGCGUUGCAGGUGUUUCCGAGCUCGGGUGCAAGCAUGUGAAUAAGAACGUCAGCGAGAGCCAUGUGGAUGAAAAGAACAAACUGGUCACCACCUGUGCCUUCAUGUGCGAGGCACCGAUUCACGAGAUAUUCGAUGGGAUUGGAGAGAUGGUGAAGGAUGUCCUGAAACUUGCUUAAUUCUGUUGAUACCUUGAAGGUGGUGGAAACAGAAAUAAAAUGUUGGUGAGCUAACGUUAUAGCGAGCAUUAUGGUUGAUCUCCGCUGUGCUGAUGUACAGAAAUAGGACAGUGAUAGAUUAACCUUUUGAUUAAAAGCACUUCCAGACACAAAUGAAAAAUAUAUAAAUUUAUAGUUGUCAUGUGCACAACGUGGUCUGAUUUUUCAGGUUUAUUAUUUUGUUCUUUUUAGUUCAGUUUUACUGGAUUGUAUCAUGAGGCAAUGAAGAAACAUCAGAUUGGAAUGGAAAGAAAUAAAUAGUGAUGAUAUAAAAGGCAAUUGCAAUAAAACAACAAUCAAAGC